UGUUAUGUGCGCAUUUGUUUUUUUCGCCGACUGGAAACACGUUUAUGCUAUAAGUUUGUGCUUGACACGCCGGUCUCUUUGAUUUAAACUUGAAGGUGUGGAGCCUGUCAUCUGGUAAAAAUGUCGGAGCAGUUGUUGCAGUGGUGUGUGGAACAGUUACAUCACAAGUUUGGAUUGGAGGCGGGUGAAGAAAUCGUCCAAUAUAUUCUAUCAAUCGAGAAGGCUGAAGAGAUUGAGGAAUAUGUGGGAGACCUCCUGCAGGGUACAGAUGGGGAAAAGGGGCAGUUCAUUAACGAGCUCCUCAGCAGAUGGAAGAAGACUCAAAGACAGGCAGCAGAUACCACAGGUCUUUUCAUUCUCAAAGAAUCUGUUUCAUCACCAGAUGCACAAGAUAUGACCCGAGAUACCCAGAAGAAAUCUAAACGAAAAGGACGCAACAAACAGGAGGUGAUGACCGUGAGCCAAGCAGAACCUGUGCCAGAAGCUGUAAAAACCCCCAUUGAUCUGAUGAGGGCCCAGGAAAAUAGUAAUACAUCAUCAUCAAAGAAGAAAACAAAGUUUGUCAAUCUCUACGCUAAAGAGGGUCAGGACAGGCUGGCUGUGUUACUCCCAGGUCGGCAUGCUUGUGAAUGCCUUGCCCAAAAGCACAAGCUUAUUAACAACUGCAUCACCUGUGGCCGUAUUGUGUGUGAGCAAGAGGGCUCAGGACCCUGUUUCUUCUGUGGCAGCCUGGUCUGCACAAAAGAAGAACAGGAGAUCCUCCAACGAGACUCCAACAAAAGCCAGAAACUAAGAAAGAAGCUCAUGGGCGACUUCGGAGAAAGAGAAUAUCUCUCACACCAAGAGGCCACGAUGAAGGCUGGGCUGGAGAAAGCAAUUCAGCACAAAGACAAACUGCUGGAAUAUGACAGAAAUAGUAUCAGAAGAACACAGGUUCUGGAUGACGAGUCUGAUUACUUUGCCACUGAAUCCAAUCAGUGGUUGUCACCCAAUGAGCGAGAGAAACUGAAGAAAAAGGAAGAGGAGCUGAGAGAGCUUCGCCAUGCCUCUCGCAAAGACAGGAAGAUCACACUUGACUUUGCUGGUAGACAAGUAAUUGAAGAGGGAAACAACCUGAAUGAGUAUUACAACAAGUUGGAUGAGACCCUCAAGGCAAUGAGCAAUGAAUCGGUGUCCAAAUCACCAAUGUAUUCUGAAAGAAAGGGUGGACGGCAGGGCCUCAGAGAUCUGGUGAAUCCCAACAUAAUGCAAUCUGCGCCAGAGUGGGUUGAUGUUGGAGGGAGUGAAAGCCACAAGAAACCAAUGGAGAAGGGAAAGAGUGCAAUGGAGGACAAGGGAAGAGAAGAACGACACCGGUUGAGGCUCCAAGACAAAGAGCUGCAGGAGAUGUCCGAUGGCGGCUGGUGCCUCAGCAUGCACCAACCGUGGGCCUCGCUACUGGUAAAGGGCAUCAAGAGGGUAGAAGGACGAACGUGGUACACGUCACACCGUGGGCGACUUUGGAUUGCAGCUGCAGCAAAGAAGCCCACCCCUCAAGAAAUCGCAGAGGUGGAAGCUAUGUAUCGCCACAUUUAUAAAAAAGGGCCCAUGUUUCCUAAAGACUAUCCCACUGGCUGCUUGCUGGGCUGCGUUAAUGUGACUGACUGUCUAUCUCAGCAGCAAUUCAGGGAACAGGGAAACUGGAGAGCCACUACCACCAGGGUGCCAAGAAGGGACUGGUCCCAUCAGCUGCAGAUUGACUGUAAAGGAGAAGCUGAAGAGGACAAAAAAACCAACUUCUUUCCCCCCACCGCUAUUUUUGCCAGGAGUUUCCAGAGCUGACAUAUUAUUAGUAUCAGUUUGGUCUUUUUUUGAAUUCCUGGUAUUUGUAUUUAAUUAAUCAAUCCUGGUUAAUUGUAUAGAAUACAAAAUUGUACGAUUACAACUUUUGUGAAUGCAUAAAUAAUUUUCUUUCUUGUUUUAAUUAAAGAACGCGUUUGGCAAAA